UUUUUUCUUACCGUUACCGUUAUCGUUAUCAAAUUUUGAUAUUGAUAAAAAAGAAAAAGAAGAAAAGAAGAUAAUGCCGUUCCUGAACAACGACAGUCUAAUCGAUGGCCUUGAUAAACGUUUUGAAUUAAUCCAACAAUCUUCGUCGAAUAAUGGUGAAGAAUUUCUUAAUGGAAGCAAUGGCAAACACAGUAAUAGAAAUACAGCUGCGUAUUCGUUCGAAAUGUUGCAGGAAUCUGCACAAUUUUUACUCGAUCGUAUUAAAAUGCGACCAAAAAUAGGAGUAAUAUGUGGUUCUGGUAUGGGGAUAAUUGAGCGAAACGAGUUGUGUCCAGGUACAAUCGCUGAUUCAUUCGUCGACAAGUAUUGUUUCCCGUACGAAGAAAUUCCACAUUUUCCUGUAUCGACAGUACCAGGACACCAUGGACAAAUGGUCUUCGGUUAUCUCGAAGGUGUUCCGAUUAUGUGCAUGCAAGGAAGAUUUCAUUAUUACGAAGGUUAUCCACUUUGGAAGUGUUCAAUGCCUAUCAGAGUGAUGAAGCUUGUUGGAGUAACUCACCUGAUUAUAACAAACGCUGCAGGAGGUAUUAAUCCUGAUUACAAAGUCGGUGACAUUAUGAUAAUGAAGGAUCAUGUGAAUUUGAUGGGUUUUGCUGGUAAUAAUCCUCUUCAAGGACCCAACGAAGAUAGAUUUGGACCAAGGUUUUUACCAAUGAGCAAAGCUUACAAUGCUGAAUUAAUUAAAAUAGCAGAAGAAGUAGCAUCAGAAAUGGAUAUUAGUUAUUUAGUACAUAAAGGUGUAUAUACUUGUUUAGGUGGACCUAAUUUUGAAACGGUUGCUGAAAUUAAUAUGCUUAAAAGGGUUGGAAUCGAUGCCGUUGGUAUGUCAACAGUGCACGAGGUGAUAACAGCGAGACAUUGUGACUUGACAGUUUUUGCAUUUAGCUUAAUCACAAAUUUAUGCGCAACAAAUUACGAGGAUCAUUUUGAAACUGAUCACGAAAAAGUGAUCGAUCUUGGUAACACUAGGCAACCAUUAAUUCAUGAUUUCCUUUCGAGGUUUAUUUUACGUCUCAAGGGCACAUAAUUUAUAACAGAUAUUCUUCUUAUCGUCGAUUUUAAUUCAAUGAUAUUUGUUUUAACAAAAAAUUCAA